AAACAACAAAUUGUAACGUAUGUAUGAGAUAGUAAAGAAAAAAAGCAGAGUUUCCCGGGAACCAAACAGAAAGUAUAUGGUUCAUAUGUUGGGGGCGGUGGUCAUAUUUAAUUUUUAUGAGUUAUAUGAUUUAUUUUAUAACGUUUCAAUAUAUAACAGUUAAGUUCAGUCAGGUAGUUUUCUCGGUGACCAAACAAACUUUAUUCAUUCAUUCAUUCAUUCUUUUCCCAAUUGUUUAUACUUUAUUUUAUCGCGAAACAUUGGGUUUGAUGAAAUAGAAAGAGAAAGAGAAAACUCAAUAUAAAAAUGAAAACUUUAUUUGUUUUGAAUAAAUAAAAAUCAAAUCUUUUUUUGUUUUGAAUAAAUAAAAAUGAAGUCUUUGAAAAGGAAAAGGUGUGUGUAUUAAGCAUGACUCAGCAAAACUGCACAGCACUCUGAGAGAGAAAGAAAGAGAGAGAAAGAGAAGAGCUAAUGUGGGAGUGGGGAUGGCAGUAGGCCAUUCUCUCUCUUCUCUCUCUCUCUCUCUCUCUCUACUUUUGCCAUAAAUGUGGCUCUCAUCUCCUACACAACAACCUCUCCAAUUUGUCAUCACUACUACUACCUCUUUUUUAAUUGCUCUUCUCUCUCUUUCUCUCUCUCUUGCCUUCUUAUUAAGCUAAGUCUCCAUAAUUGUGUUUUUCCCUCUUACCCUUUUCACCUCUAUUGUUAAAUUGAGCUUUAAGAUAUAAAUAUGGAGUUUGUGUCUCAGCUUUUGUGCUAGUUUUGAGUUUUGGUUUCUGGGUUUUUAGUUUUAGGAAAUGGGUACUAAUAAUGAUCAAGAUAAGAAUGUGGGCAGAGAGCUUGAGGAGUGUUGUUCUGAAGAAACUACUACUCUUGUUACUCCUAAUCACAAUCAUAAGGUUGAAGAGUCAAUUAACAUAACUGAAGAAACACAAGAAGUUCAUCCAUGGAAGAGGCCGAAUCUCGUCUUGGAGAUACCUCCAAGAGCAUCCGAUGUAUCAUCAUCGGAUUUCAUUGGAAUAAAGAUGCCACCAACACCAAGUCCUAACCCAAAGAAAGUGAAUUUCACCUUAACACCCAGCUCUACUAAUUCAAAGGUUCAUGGAUCCCCAGGUCCAUCUUCAUCCAAAGGAAAAUCAUGUAAAAAAAGUCUCUUUCCGAAACUAAGCUUCAUGUAUCGAACUUCUUCAGAUGUUGAGAAGGGUGAUAACUUAGCUUCAGAAGCAUCAGUUACAGCGCCACGAGAGAAGCCUACUACUAUCUCGAGAUCAAUGUCCCUUACUAAGCUGUUCACACCGAGGAUAAACAGAACAUCGUCACUACCUGUAACUCAAAUUAUGGAUUCAAACCCGGAAUCCACACCCAGUGGAAGUGUAGGUAGCACUCCAAACAUAAUUAAAAAAGGAAACCAAAACCGAAAUAUAGCUCGCUCACUUUCAGUCCCUGUCAAUAACAAAGAGAAAAGCUUAAAGAGGAUGGACUCAUUUUUUCGAGUAAUUCCUUCCACUCCUCGAGUGAAAGAAGGCGAUGUAGUAUCGAUUGGCUCGCCAACAGCUGAUACUGUGGUUGGUUUAGAAAAUGAUGAUGCGAAUGGUGAAGACAUACCCGAAGAAGAGGCUGUCUGUAGAAUUUGUUUCGUUGAACUAUGUGAAGGUGGCGAGACUCUUAAGAUGGAAUGUAGUUGCAAAGGAGAACUUGCUCUUGCCCAUCAAGAAUGUGCUGUGAAAUGGUUUAGCAUCAAAGGUAACAAGACCUGUGAUAUAUGCAAGCAAGAGGUUCGAAACCUAUCUGUCACAUUGUUACGAGUCCAAAGUGUUCAUACUCGAAAUGGUGGAGCUAGAUCUCAACAACUAGAUGCUAAUGGUUUCAGGGUUUGGCAAGAAGUGCCUGUUCUUGUCAUUAUCAGCAUGCUUGCCUACUUUUGUUUCCUUGAGCAGCUCCUGGUGGGGAAAAUGGGAACAGGAGCAAUAGCCAUAUCGCUUCCAUUUUCUUGUGUACUUGGUCUCCUCUCAUCUAUGACCGCAUCAACCAUGGUGAAGAGAAGGUUUGUCUGGGUCUAUGCAUCGAUUCAGUUUGCUCUUGUGGUUCUAUUUGCACACAUAUUUUACUCCUUGAUUCAUGUGCAAGCAGUUCUGUGUAUUCUCCUUGCGACAUUUGCUGGACUUGGUGUUGCCAUGAGCGGAAGCUCCAUAAUUGUCGAGUUUUUAAGAUGGAAAAGAAGAUGGCGAGCUUCGGCUGAACAAAGACAAAGCUCCCAAAUAUUGCCAUAAUAAACCAAUUCCUGGGACUGUACAUUUAGAUACAGGAUAGGAAGGAUCACCUUCAUCAUGUCUAGUGGGAUUUGAGUUUUAGUUGGGGUUGAGGAACACCCAUUAGUGGCUUAUACAAAUAUGUUUUCAUCAUGGGGUUGAGAGCAUUUUUAGUGUUUUUUGUAAUAUUUUGGUUGCAAGAUUUUGAAUAUAUAUCUUUUUUUGUCUUUUUACACCAAUUGUACAGGGUUUUGAUAGUUAUAUAUAGCUAGUGAAUUUGACCAUUUUGAGGUUAAGAAGUUUGAAUGAAAUGGAAUUUGAUACAA